CACAGUUCAUCAGCAGUCAGUCAGCCCAUCCGUGCUCUCGUGUGCGGGACAACAUGAGACUGGCACUACUCCUGAUGGCAGCCUUCGGGCUGACCACGGCUGACUUCCCGCUCCUCUACCAAGUGCCAAAGGUAAUCUAUGCACCACCAGUGCCAGUCUACGGACCUCCACACCCAGUGUACGGACCACCACCACCACCGCCACCACCACCACCACCACCACCACCACCACCUCCACCCCCUCCACCACCGCCGCCGCCACCACCACCCCCAGUAGAGGUGUAUGGUCCCCCUACACAUGUAUAUGGCCCACCACCACCCCCUCCACCACCACCACCACCACCCCCACCCCCACCUCCACCACCACCACCACCACCUCCACCACCAUGUAUGGGCCACCUGAACCUCUUUAUUAUCCACCACCACCACCACCUCCCCCACCACCACCACCACCACCACCACCUCCACCACCACCACCACCACCACCACCUCCACCGCCACCCAAAGAGUAUGGGACACCUCAUCCAGUAUAUGGACCACCACAUCCACCACCACCACCUCCACCUGCAGCACCAGCUUCGCCACCAGAUUUUGCUGGACCACCUGCACCAGUGUUUGGUCUACAUGUGCCAGCAACGACACCAUCAGCAGACUAUGCUACUCCCGAACCUUCUUAUGGACUGCCAGAGCAUUGAAGACAGUCCGUUUUGCUGUGCCAAAUUGGAACACGCGAUGACCAGGACGCCGAAACGAAACGAGUGAAGAGGCAUCCAGAUUCGACGAAGUUGUAAAUACGUAUAACAUCUUGUAAAAAAACUGUAAAACAGAAAUAAAUUCUAAGUCUUUUUUAACAA